AUGUCAGAGUUGGCCGGUGACGGGGUGAUCAUCACAAUCCAAAAGAUCACUGGUGAGACCUUCACAACGAAUGCUCGCUUGGAGGAUUCCGUCCGAGAGGUCAAAGCUGCGGCUCUCUCGGAAGUGGGCCCGGUGCUCUGUCAGAGGUUGGUAUUGCAUGAUGUGCCAAAGAAGCUCAUCUUCGCUCGGACUGCACCUGUCUUCACCCGUCAGAUGGAAGAGCUGCUGGAGCGUCUGGAGAAGAGCAUGUACACAGAGGUGCGGGCCUUCUUGCGCCCCCCCCCGCUCUGCCACAGCUUCAUCUUGGUGAUCCUGCAGCUGAUGUCUGCCAGCUCCCACGUGAUGCUGCGAACUUCUUCGGGUGCCAUGCCCUGGAAGGACCAGAGUUGGGCGAGCUGCUCGUGGGCAGACUGCAAAACCAUGCUCUCGGACUACUUCCAACUCCGCGCCAACCUGCGCUCGGUGGUCCAAAGCGUCACGGAAGGCGACCUCAGGACAAAACAGGUGAAAGCCGCAAAGGCAAGUCUUGAGGAACUCGGCGGCGCGGCCGCCCCGAGCCUCCUCAGCAAGGUGAGCGUCUGCUGUCAGAUCCUGGCGCAGUUUGCUUUAGAGAUCCUCAAAUUCCACGAAGAAGGUCAACAGUUCGUCUGGCAUCCGGACGCGAGCGACCCUCUGGGGAGUGUGGAGUUGCGGGACGGGGUGCCCCUGAGCGUCUAUGUCGAGGCAAAGGUGGCUACAAACGGAGGUUCUGAUGUCCCUGCUCGCCUUGACCUCGCGCUCCUGAUCGAUCUGGAUCCCGCCUUCCAUGCCCUCAGGGGCCACGCCACGGAGCAGGUUGAGGGGCUCCGUGCCUUGCAGGAGUUGGGUGGCCGCUGUCCGGAGAGAAUCUUGGAAGCCGUGUGCCCGUGCUUCGGAGGUGACGACAAGGUCGCCGACGAAGCCCUGAGCUGCAUCCGUGCGGUGCUGCAGCCCAGUGUCGACUUGGCGGCGCAGUUUCUCUUGGCGACUCCCUCUUUCAGCCAGUCCCCGCAGGCCGUCCAGGCUGCGCUCUUUCUAGGCCCCGACUCUCCCGAAGUGUUGGCCGGCCUAGCGUCGGGCCUCUUAGCCAAGAACAGGAAGGCCUGCCUGGAAGCCUUCGAAGAGCUCGAGCCACGCCUGGCUCCAGCGCACGGCAUCCGAUGUUUGUUGGAGUCCUUGUUCCGGAGAGAGUCGGUCGAGUCCACGGACUGUCUCCCUGAGGCUCUGGCUAGGGUCAACUCCCGAGACCACGAGGCCUUGGUGGAGGCCCUGCUGGGCUACUUCGGCCCGCAGCAGCCCGGCUGGGUGUUGACAAGGGCGAGCUUCUGCGCGACCCUCGUAGCUCAAGGACAGGAGGAGCGCUUGGUGCAGGCCCUUCGCGCGUCUCUGAGCUACGUGCAUGAGCAUGAGCUUCUGGAGAUCUCCAGCCGCCUCCUGGGUCUCUCCUCAGCCGCCAAGCCCCUGGUGGUAGAGGCCUUGUGCCGCGAACUACACCAGGUGACCUCCACGCACCUGCGAGAAGCACUCCUUGAAGAGAUUGGAAAGCUGGCUGCCCCGGACGAUCCAGCCGUCCUCAACGCUCUUGUGACCUUUCUCUCGCAGUCCGCGUUGUUGCUGAAACGGCAGGGUGACUUGUCAAUGCUGCGGGCUCUGAAGGUCUUGAACCACUUGGAUCAGAGCGAAACCUUCCUCCAGCGUGGCCGCCGGCACCUUCUGCGGGCUCUGGCGAGGUGUGCGACCUGCUCCCCCGGGUUCUGGGAUAAGCAGAUGCGGAGAUGCUUGAUCAAGUUGGGACAAGAACACGGAGGGAUCGAUCACGAAGCAUUGAUCGAGCUGUGCCAUGGGUUGAGGUGUCAGAAUGCGAAGACCAGGCGGUCUUGCUGCAAGAUCUGGGCGCAGGUCGAGAAGAGGGAGCCGCAACGUGCGAGAAAACUUUUGCUGGAGAUGAUCAGUGGCGAGGAAUACGCCUGGGCGAAGCAAGCCGCGAUCACUCUGCUCGACGGAGCCGAGGUGCAAAAAGCCGGUAGCUCUGAGGCUGAGGAUGUCCGUGCCACGCUUCUCCGGGUUGCCGACGACCGAAGCCUCCCGUUGCCACUGCGCUCGGAGGCCCUUGGGGCUCUCAGGCCCUUCGCACGGGGCGUAGGCGAAGGUGGCGAAGGUGGUGAAGCCCUGCGAAAAGCGGCGCUGAGCUGCACUGAAGAGGCCUACGACGCCUCGGGCUUGGUGCUGAAAGCGCUGGAGCUCUUGGCCGAGGAGACUCCGAUCCCCCAAAGCUGCCUCGAACGCGUCCUCCGGAGUUCCGACCCGGAUGUUCUGCUCUUCGCUCUCUCUGCUUUGGCGGCGCUUCCCGAAGGAAGCCUUAGUACGUCGCUUUUGGAGCCCUUGCUGCACCACCGCUGCUUGGACGUGGCCGUGAGUGCGACUCGAGCUCUUGGCCGACUUCGGGGGGACCGGCGGGCGGCCACCGCGGCCCUUGAGCGAGGCGGCUUCUGGCCCGAGACAAGGGAAGCCGUCCGAGCGGCUCGCGAGGAGGCGCUGCGAAACCUCGAGCAAGGCGGCGACGCCGGAGAGUGA